AUGAGGUCGACAACGAGAACAGUGCUGACGGCGCUCGCUGCCGUCGCAGUUGUAGGCACGCUUCCCACGGUCUUGGCGCAUGGCGACGAUGGAGGCAUGGAUAUGGACAUGGACAUAAGUGCUGGCGACGAAGCAAAACCAGAUCCGGAUUCGUAUCCGCAGACGUAUUUCUCAUACGCGGCGCAUGCGGGUGUAAUGUAUGCGCAUAUUAUACUCAUGGUGAUUUCCUGGGUCCUCGUGUUACCAAUAGGCCUUAUGUUCUCGAUUGCCCGAUCACGAUAUACACUUCCGACCCAAUUCCUGUUCCUCGCCACCAAUGCUGUGGGCGUCUUGCUGGGCAUCAAUUACAACGCAAACACGCCCGAUUUAUACCCCAACAACGCACAUCACAAAAUUGGCUGGAUAGCAACAUGGAUGGUCUCGACGCAAGUUCUCAUCAGUCUUAUCGGCCGCGUGGCAGGAGUCAUGGGUCGUGAUGCGCCGCAGCUACACGGCAAGGAAGAGUCGCAGGCUUUCAUACCCGUUUCGACGGAGAACAUGGCGGAGCACGAUACGAUGUACACGCAAACCUAUCGACAUUCCAACGAUAGCGGCCAAGGCACCGAGCCCAAUACUGAUUCUUUGCGUAGCAGCCAUUCGCAUUCGACUUCCGGUCAGGACUCGCCGAUGGAGUUGCGAGACCGGAGAAUGGACUACGAUGUAGAUGAAGAUCUCGAGUUCAAAGCGGUCGAGUUGAACCCGCCCAAGGCAGACUCGCUACUUGCUAAGGUGGCUGGCAAGAUUUCCAUGCGAGCCUGGAAGCUUCUGCUUUUUGGGUACAAUUUCAUGGAUAGAACAAUGCUCGUGCUUGGUUACAUUGCAUUGGUGACUGGUAUCGUUACGUACGGGCGCUUCUUCGAGGGGCAUGGCAUAUUCAGCGGUCUCGCUCAUUGGAUAAAAGGCAGCAUCUUCUUUUGGUACGGUAUCUUGACUUUGGGUAGAUGGUCUGGCAGCUUUGGAGAGCUCGGCUGGGCGUGGAACGUCAGACCGAAGCCUAGCUCCCAGAAAUGGAGACCGACUGCUGAAUUCGUCGAAGGUGCUCUCAUCUUCACCUACGGAUCGACCAAUAUUUUCCUGGAGCAUCUCGGCAACUCGAGCAAGGAGUACAGCCCUCAGGAUCUGGAGCACAUCUCGAUUACAGUACUGUUCAUCGGAGGCGGUCUGCUAGCGAUGCUCAUAGAGUCCACCAAUAUCCGCGAUCUCCUCAACACCACCGUUACGGAAGCGAUAUUGUCGCAGGCGGAUCAUGCGUACAGUGACGAAGAGCGCGCGGCCCUACAAGCUCCGAGACAGUACGAAUUUUCCAUCAAUCCGAUCCCAGCUGUGGUGAUUCUGCUGCUGGGCAUCAUGAUGAGCUCCCACACGCAACAGUCCAUGAUCUCAAGCAUGGUGCACAAGCAAUGGGGCAACUUGCUCACGGGUGCUUCUUUCGCCCGCGGCUUAACUUACGUGCUGUUGUAUGUGAAGCCGCCUCGUUCCGUGAUGCCUUCUCGGCCGCCGACUGAACUGCUUACGGCGUUUGGUCUCAUUGCGGGCGGCAUGAUCUUCAUGGCCAGCAGCAGUGAUACUAUCAAUGGCAUGAUUCACUAUAACCUGGACGCCAUGUUCUUCUACACCGUCACCAUGGGCUUCGUAGGCCUACUCAUGGCCUGGAUUGUUCUGGUGCUAGCCCUCAAGGGCUGGGCGGUGCGCAAGGAGAUGGGUCACCCAUUGCAGGGUUCGUGGAAUGGAGCCACGAGUGUUUGA